AUGCAGCUGAUCGAGUCCCACUCUGCCGAGGAGAAGGGCGCCCAGAUCACCGCCCCAAGGGUAGAGCUGACUAAAGAGGAACUGGCCGCGAUAGCCAACAAGAAGCUUCUCGCCAAGAAGAGCAAGAAGGCCGCCGCCAAGCUGGCGGCGAAGCAGCUGCAGAAGAUGGGCAAGAAGGAGCGCAAGCGGGAGAAGCAGAGGCGGAGGAUGGCAAAGGCGGCGGAGAAAAAGGCCCGGAAGGCCGCGGCCGCGGGCGGCGCGGGCGCGGGCGCGGGGACGGCGUGA